AUGGGGGAGUGGUCGUCUUCCAAUUUUAUUAAUAUGAGGCGUAUACUGCGUAUUUUCUAUUUAUGCUCCGGGUUAAAGAUCAAUCUCCAUAAAUCAGUGCUCUGUGGUGUGGGUGUGGAAGACGAGGUUAUAGCGAAUGUGGCUGAGUCUAUGGGGUGUAAAGCAGGCGCUCUUCCUUUCACGUAUUUGGGUAUCAAGGUUGGGGCAAACAUGAAUAGAGUCUCGAAUUGGGAACCGGUGGUUACUACAUUUAAACGAAGGUUAUCUAAGUGGAAAGCUAAUACUCUUUCGAUUGCCGGGCGCCUUACGUUAAUCAAGUCGGUUUUGGAUAGUUUGCCUACGUAUUAUUUUUCUUUAUUUAAGGCCCCUAAGAAGGUUGUAGAUGUUUUAGAGGGAUUGAUGAGAAGGUUUUUAUGGGGUGGGACGGAGGAUGUGUGA